GGCCGGCGUCGCAUUCGUGGACGAUCGUGAAUAGGGUGGAUAACCUUUCGACUUUCAUUUUACAUUAGAGAAAUAAUUUUUAAAAUCGUUUCACUAAGGACGCCUGACAAAUCGGAUAGAUGUGCGAUCGGAUAGUCGAUUCGUUCGCGAUAUAACGUAAGCUGAAACGGGGAAACAGAGAAAGAAAACUCAAAAGUUGUAAGAUCUCGGAUCUGUCAACCGUUUCUCCGUUUCCAAUCGAUCGGUAGUGCAUUUGAUCGAGAAAAUUUACGGUAACGAGCAAUCGUGGCUACGAUAAAAUAAGAAAAGGGACGCAACAGUGACGUGUUUCGUUUAAUAGAAGACUAGAAACAGACAAAACGAUUGACUACGAGCUCCGUUGGGAUCACAGUUUCCGUGGAUCUCAAUUUCUGAUCGUUUACCGAAAUGGCCGACAAGAGCGAAUGGGACUACUCCAUCCAAAAUGGACCGAGCACCUGGGUGUCGAAAUUUCCAAUGGCAGCUGGAUCGAGACAGAGUCCAGUGAACAUCGAGACGGAUCGAGUAGAAUCGGAUCACGAGGCACUGAGUAGCAAACCCCUGCAAUGGAAAUAUCCGGCCACCGCUUCCCGGAAGCUCGUUAAUCCUGGUUACUGCUGGAGGAUGGACACCGAUUGCGAGGGCACAUUUUUGAGCGGUGGUCCAUUGAUGGACGAUGUCUACAAACUAGAACAGUAUCAUUGUCACUGGGGCUGUAGUGAUUCCAGAGGGUCAGAACACACAGUCAAUGGUCAAGCAUUCGCAGGAGAGCUGCAUCUGGUGCAUUGGAACACAAGCAAAUACAACACCUUCGCCGAAGCCGCGAAAGCAUCCGAUGGCCUUGCAGUUCUCGGUGUGUUCUUGAAGGUGGGUAAGACACACGAGGAGAUGGACAAGAUAGCUCGUCUAUUGCCGUACGUGUCGCACAAGAACGAAAUGAUGGAGAUCAGAGAACCAAUCGAUCCUAGCAAACUGAUUCCUGAUGACAAUGGUUAUUGGACGUAUUUGGGAUCACUGACGACACCUCCUUGCAACGAGAGCGUCACUUGGAUUCUCUUUAAAAAGUGCAUCGAGGUGUCCCAUCACCAGCUGAAUAUUUUCCGUAAUUUGAGAAAAUUCUCUCGUGGAGAGGAAUGCCCGUGCCAUGAGAAUCAUGGAGCUGUAAUCAACAACUUCCGUCCGCCGAUGCCGCUUGGAAAUCGCGUGCUACGCGAGUGUGGUAGCUUCUGAGCGCCUGUUCGUACGCGAGCCGGGUCACAACCAGUCGAUGCCGGACGAAAAACGAGCAAGAAAAGUGAGAACCGACCCACGAGACCGUUGCUCGCCUCUGUGGGUGGCCAACGAGAAGAAACCAUAAUUUUUUUCUCACUUGGUCCUCGUCGAUGUUCAGCGUUCAUUCUGUACCGUGAAGCAUUCUAACUUCACCCAGAAUACCGAGUGCCUUUUUUUAACGAACGAUUAUGGAGAAUCAAAGUAACUAGAAAUAAGAAUGCUUCGGAUUUUCCGCAUGGAAAUAGCUGCAGGAAGAUGGUCUAGUUUGUUGAGAAUCGUUGAAGAGAAACGUUGAAAUGGAUCAAACGCGGUACCUAAAAUUGAUGACGCAGUCGAUAAUGCUGUCCACUGUUUUAUGGAGAGACCAUAGACACGAAACCUUAGGGACAUUUUAAAUGAUGGAUAAUCGUGUCUGCAACUUGUAGCAUUGUAAGAUUGAAAGAAUUGUUUGGACGUAGCAAAUUAAUUUGCAAAAAGGGGAAGGGAAAGAGUAACGUUGUUGUAGAGAAUCAUUGACCUUGAGCAGAAUUACGUGGACAGCACCGAGUCGAUAAAUUAGAACUCUACAUAAAAGGGGGGAAUAAUUCUUUGUGAAGGAGAAUGUAAUUAGGAAAGGGGCACCAUGACACAGAACGUUAGAUGAACAUAUCAUGACGUGCCUUUUAAAUGGUUAAGCGAAGUUGUAGGUUCCGUUAUUGUUUUACGAUUCUGACGAUUCGCAUGGCAUUUCACAUGGAUUACAAGUGCAAUUAUAAGUAGAAGCUAGAUUAGUUGAAAACUAUCGCGACUGCUUGUUAAGAAAUCAAAACUGUGCCUAUACGUUAAACCUUGUGUAGAAUAUAUCAAGCGAGGAUUAUUAAAUAUUAGGUGAAACUAAUCGAGAAGAAAGGUUUCACUAAAAUCAUGUAAAGAAAAAAAGAAUACAAUAACGGGUCCGUCCAUUAUUGGCAGAUAUUUAAAUGAUCUAACAGUUGUUUGAAAUAUUGUUGUUUAUUGAAUAUUGUUUAAAUAUGUUCCAUGUAUAAAUAUUAUAUAUUAUAUAUGUAUACACACGUAUUUACGGACGUAUUGUCCACAAUAGAUGUUUGCGGUUUUUAUAGUUUAUAAAAGUUUACGAGGCUGUAAAGGGACAAAGAUUAACCUUCGACCGAUAACGUCGCAGUACAAUCAACAACAUUCUUUUAUAGAAUUUUGGUUAAUUAACACUUUAACUGGAACAGAAAAACUUUGUUAUCGUUUAUCGAUUUUUGGAAUCCUUUCAUUAAGUUGAAUUUAUGAAUGAACCUCAUACGCAGUCAACGUGUUAAUUAUUAAGUAUCACAGUCUGAGACUUCGCAUCUUCCAUAGUUAAAUCAAUGUUUUUCUUUUAACUUCAAUUUCAAGUUUGGAAUUUUUAAAUAUAAAUUUUAAAUUUAAACGUUCGCCAGGUUUUCUCAUACUGUUUUAUCGGUAACGGGUUAACGUGGAAUUUAUCGGGAUUUCGAGAAGAUGAGAUCAAAAACGAUAUACGUUUUCCAGCAAAAAUUAGACAAGCGUGAAUAGCGUGCCAUUUUAUGUAUUAAUAUUACACGAUGCGUGUACCAUUUUCCCGCUAAGUCAUUCUGAAGCGCACGAAGAAAAUUGCUGGUUCAACGUGCCUUGGAUUGUACACGCCCUCUGUGCCUUCUUUAGUCACUUGCGUGAAAUAAUAUAAUUAUUAUUAACAUAUUAUUAACAUUCGUGUCUUAAAUGAUCGAACGAUUUUUGCUCGACGAUUUUCGACACGAAUAAGGAGUUUUAUUUGCAUAUUGCAAUUUUUAUUUCGAAUGAUGCUUUAUUCACGAUAAUGACGCCGUUGUGUUUCAUUUCGUUUAAUCAGAUCCGGUCAGUAAAAACGAAAGCGAACAGCCGAUUUGAAGACGUUUAGUGCAACGCUUGCUUCGAGUCGUAAAAAAAAAGCGGGAGAGGAAUUUAAACAUGGUCUAUUUAAAUAUUAUGUGACCCGGUUCUGAUUAUAAUAGAUUUGCGUGACCGUCGCGUCGGUCAGGGGAACCAUAAAGAGCCCUUCUUCGUUCUAGAAUAACGAGUGUCACCUUUCUCCUGAAACGUGUGUGUCACGGUUAAACCGUGUUGCGAUGAAACUAACAACGUCAGCGUUCUUUGCGUAUCUAUAACUAACAGGAUAAUCGUAACUGUAAGAUUUCAGCUGAUUUUCUGUAUUUAUUGUUGAACGCGUGAAAAGCAAUCCGUAUAUGUAUUUCGUAGCAUCGACUGUGAUAUAACAAAAAAGAGAAAAAAGAACAAA